CAAUUAGAAGAUCUCCGCGGCAAGUAUGACGUUUGUGUUCAGAUAUUGCAGUCACAAUUUGUCAAUGAUUCUUUGGGUCCAAAAAAAUCAGCUUUGAACAUUCGUACAUUUUUGCCCUCCUUUGGCGGUUCUGAUGAUCGCGAAGCGCUUUCGUUUGUUAUUCGAUUACUGGAUAACCCUCAAGUGAACUCGAUGAAUCUGAAGCUGCCGAUAAAGCGUUUUUGCACAACAUUUGAAUUGAACGCGCAAAGAAGGAACGUAGGUGUAUCAUUUGGUGGAAAUACUUGCAAAUCACUAGGUGACGUCGCCGUGUCUUACGAGAUUGUGUUAGAACUGUUAGAAGCCAUGACUACGACGGUUCUAGCAGAUGCUUUGUUGCGCGAUAUUGGUAAACGUUACGAAAAUGCGGAUGAUUACGACAUAGUCAUUUACGUUGGUGAAGAACCAUUAGUUGAGGUUUUCCAAGCUCACUCAUUUAUUUUACGCGCUCGAUCCGUUUAUUUCAAUGCCGCGUUGUCAACAAGCUGGGUAAAGAGAGAAGACAACAAGAUUACCUUCAGGAAACCGAAUAUCUCACCUAAACUAUUUCGACCGAUUUUAAAAUACAUGUAUACAAGUCAUAUAGAAUUAAACGUGGAAUCAAAAAAUCGGCAAGAGUAUUUUGAUCUUGUAGCUGCCGCUGACGAAUUGGCACUUGUAGAACUUGUCGAUUAUAUACAAGAACAUAUUAUUUCCAAUGAAAAAGGGUGGUUGCUUGAAAAUUUUGUUCAAGUUUUUCAAAAAAUAUCCACGUAUGAGGCCAUGCGUAAACUUCAAGAUUAUUGUGCUGAACUAAUUUGCAACGAUCCAUCGGUAAUAAUCACUUGCCAAAAUGCCUCGAUCAUCGCAAAUUGGAUUCAUAAUAGACCUAGAGAAACUUAUAAGCCACACGAAGUCCCAUAUCGUUUCGAAUUAUUGAUUCGUGGAAGUCGUGAUGGUUUCAGUCAAGAAGAAUUUCAUAGGCGUUGUGAUCACAAAGGUGCAAACGUGGUCGUAGUUAAGGUGCAAGGAUUACCUGUGGUGGUUGGAGGAUAUAAUCCAAUCAGUUGGACUUCUGCAAAUGAUUGGAGACAGACAACUGAAAGUUUUAUAUUUUCCAUUGGAGAGCAUCAUAAACCUAUACUAAGUCGUGUGAGGAACCAAACAUGCGCAAUUCGGGACACAAUCUCCAAACAAUGGAUUGGAUUUGGAGUGGGUGAUCUCCAUUUUCUCGAUGGUGUUUGCAGGCCAAAUGAUUAUGAGCAUAAAAUACUGGAUACCACGAAAUUUUUGAUUGAGGAUUAUGAAGUCUUUCAAGUGUUAAACAAUGAUAGAUCAAAAGGUAAUGUCUUCAAUAGGUGA